GCCGCUGCCGGGCGGUUCCCGCGGCUGAGGCGCGGCGGGAUGGAGUGAGGCGCGGCGGACGGCGCGGGAGCAGCGGGGCCUCGCCCUUCUCCUCAGGCGGGCCGGGGCUAUGCGAGGGCUGCGCUGCCGCCUGCCCUAGGCCCGGGCCGCGGCGGCGGCGGCGGGCCCGGCGGGGGAGCGGCGAGCGGCUGCGGGGCCCGAUGCGGGAGUACAAGGUGGUGGUGCUGGGCAGCGGGGGGGUGGGGAAGUCCGCCCUGACGGUGCAGUUCGUCACCGGGACCUUCAUCGAGAAGUACGACCCCACCAUCGAGGACUUCUACCGCAAGGAGAUCGAGGUGGACUCGUCCCCCUCGGUGCUGGAGAUCCUCGACACGGCGGGCACCGAGCAGUUCGCCUCCAUGCGCGAUCUCUACAUCAAAAACGGCCAGGGCUUCAUCCUCGUCUACAGCCUGGUCAACCAGCAGUCCUUCCAGGACAUCAAGCCGAUGAGGGACCAGAUUGUCCGUGUGAAGAGAUAUGAGAAAGUUCCUCUGAUCCUAGUGGGGAAUAAAGUGGAUCUGGAGUCGGAGAGGGAGGUCUUAUCUGCAGAAGGCAGAGCCCUGGCUCAGGAGUGGGGCUGUCCCUUCAUGGAGACGUCAGCCAAGAGCAAAACAAUGGUGGAUGAACUGUUUGCUGAGAUCGUCAGGCAAAUGAACUAUGCCUCCCUGCCUGAAAAACAAGAUCAGUGUUGUACAACUUGCAUCGUCCAGUGAGAGAAAUUAAGAAAAACCUCAAUCAUGGCCAUACAGAGCAG